AGCUCGCCCCCAACCCCGAGUCACCGGUCCCGCGCGACUCGGUGCCCCGUCAAAAAUUCUCUCUGAAAUCGUCGCGAGGCGUCGGCACUCGACGAGCACUAUAUCAGCGGCCAGACCGGGAGCUUAUCGGUCACGCCCGGAACCACGAGCGCCCGCCGGAAGUGCGCUGUCGCGCUGUGGCGAGGGAUCCCAUGGCCUUGAACUCGGUCACCCCCGUCGAGCUCGACAUCCUCGUCUAUCGCUACCUCCAGGACAAAGGUUACACACAUGCAGCAUUUGCUUUUGAUUAUGAGUCAGGGAUCAACAAAAUACCUAUUGAGAAUGAUUUGGUUCUAUCGGGCUCUCUUGUCGCACUUGUGGAGAAAGGCCUUGAAAAUUUGGAGUUGGAAGCAAACCUGGGCAAGCAGAUGCCCUUGGAGGCUGAAAGAAAUGGAGUUCCAAUGGAAGUUGAUGAGAUGCAGAGCAUGUGGAGAGAGAAAAUGCAGGAAAUAGAUGGGUACAUCAAGUUAGGAAAAAGGUACAGUGAGCUAGAGCAGAGGAUCAAAGAUAUAAAACUCCAGUUGGUUGCGCUUCUUAGGAGUGGGGAUGGAGGUGCCCCACCAGGACCACCUGCAUGACAUCAUAGGAUGGGGUGAGCCAUGAUAUAGCAUGCACGUUCCUCCUAGCCCUGACAACAUCAGUCAUUCCGAGGAUUCGCUGUAGAAAUCAUACUUGUCAUCAUUUCCUCAUAUGGCUCCAUUCUGUUAAGUGAUUGUCAUAUCAUUCUACAGAAGCGUGAUGUUUCAGCUUAUCAGACCCCUCUUUCCCUCAUGGAAAAAUUAUAAAUGAAUAAUGGAAAAAACAUAAAUAAAUAAAUAAAAUAAAAUUCAGUUUGAAGGAUCUUGUAUCA